AUGGCGUCUGUCCAGCAGUCCGCCAACAUGCCGCAGCAGAGCCUCGGCUUGCCGCCAAACCUCACCCCCCAGCAUGUCCAGGAGGUCUAUCAGAAAUUUCGGCAGAUGCAGGAACAAGGUGUGCGCCAUGAUGAUCCAGAAUAUCUCAAAGCUCAUAAUUUGCUCUCUGCCGUCCAACGACAACAAGCUUACCAGAAACAACGCCAAAUGCAAAUGCUCCAUGCUCAGAGACAGCAGCAGCAGCAGCCCCAGCAGCAGCCACAAGUACCACCGGCACCUCAGCCUCUGCAGGCACCACUAAAUGGACUUGCUGACGCCAAUGGAACAGAUGCCCGAAAUGGCUCAGGCAGCGCAAAUCUCGCUAUUCCAGGGAGCCAAGAUGGCAACGCGAUAGCUAACGGUGGUUCGUUUCCAGGCAAUGCUACCGCUUCCGGCGCCACUCCUCCAAAUCAGAAGGGCGUUCCCCAGGGAUCGCAAAGUUUUACUUCAGAACAACUGGCCACUUUGAGAAAUCAGAUACUUGCCUUUAAGAUGAUAUCCAAGAACUUGGCCAUCCCCCAACGUGUUCAACAACAACUUUUUGCAAAGAAACCUACUGGUGCAGAUGGCAUUUUACCACCUGAUCAGUCUCUAGACGCCGCCCGCGAUGUAGCUGGCGAAGGUGAUGUCACUACCGAGAAGCUUAGAACCAUGUUUGAGACCUUCAAGUCCCCUUAUGAUAUACUCGGCGAGACUAUCAAUUAUACCGAUCAUUCCAUACGCCGAAAUCGAUUGAGACUGCCUUGCUUAACGCCAAUGGGUGUCGAUAUCGAGAAGAUCCGUGAAGAUAGGGAAAUGAUCUUAUAUAACCGCAUCAAUGCUCGAAAGGCCGAGUUGGCCAGGCUUCCUGCAAACCUCGGUGUCUGGGACAGUGGUGAAAGCGACGCUCCUGUCGCUGACGACUCUCUGAAGCUCAAGGCCUUGAUUGAGUAUAAGAUGCUCAAUUUGCUCCCCAAACAACGUGCUUUCCGUAGACAGGUCCAGAACGAGAUGAUGCACUUCGACUACCUUGCCAUGUCCGCCAAUAGGCCUGCCCAUCGCCGGAUGAAGAAGCAGUCUCUUCGCGAAGCAAGAGUUACCGAAAAGCUAGAGAAACAGCAGCGUGAUGCCCGUGAGACGAAGGAAAAACAGAAGCAGUAUAACCAGCUGCAAUCAAUUCUUAAUCAUGGUGCUGAUGUGCGUAAUGCUGGUAACGAGCAACGUGGACGUGUACAAAAGCUGGGCCGUUUGAUGAUGGCCCACCACACCCACCUUGAGCGUGAAGAACAGAAGCGAGUAGAAAGAACUGCCAAGCAACGUCUUCAGGCUCUAAAGGCAAACGACGAGGAAACCUACAUGAAGCUCCUUGGCCAGGCCAAAGAUUCACGUAUUUCCCACCUGCUCAAACAAACCGAUGGCUUCUUGCGGCAACUUGCCGCCUCCGUCCGUUCUCAGCAACGAAAGACUGCUGAGCGUUAUGGAGAUGAAGAUCAGUUGGAUACUGAGGAAGAUAUCGUUGACUCUGACGAGGAGGAAGAGAGCCGAAAGGUUGACUACUAUGCGGUUGCACAUCGCAUCAAAGAGGAAGUCACUGUUCAGCCAAGUAUCCUUGUUGGUGGUACCCUGAAGGAAUAUCAACUUCGAGGUCUAACGUGA